GAAGAGCUUUGCAUUGUGUUGGAGUUAACAGAGCUGCCGGAGAAUGUUCUCCACUCACAGUUAUGGCAAUAAAGUUGGGAAGGCCUGAAACAUGAUGUUCAUCGAACGGAUUAAAAACAGUGGAUGUUAUCGUGACAAGUUGGUAAAGUUACGAAGCUAGAAAGAACCGAAUUUGGCGCGCCCGACCGACUCGAGCAAGUCUGGCGCUGCUAGCUAACUCUGAAGUAAAGGUUAGCCAAACUUGUGUGAUUCCUAGCUUGCGUCAGAUAAGUUGUUUAGGCGAAUCUUUAUGGGUUUUUUGUUUUUCUCGUCAGUGCCAUUUCAAACACUUGCGCGAAAGGUUUUGUUUUAUGAUAAAAUCAGUCUUCCGUGCAUUUGGGGGUUCAAUUUCGAAUUUCCCUCCCUUUUUCUUGACCUGAACUAAGUGAGGGGUCCAGGCCGGCUGAGGGAAUAGGGACGAGGGAGCCGUGUCGCUUCUGCUGGGCUGUGUGAGUACAGGCCAACGUCAGGGGCAUCUUCGAAGUACACUGAUUAUCGAGUAAUUAUGGAUCCUCCUAACUCUGGAAAUUCAGCCUCUGCCGCUGCACCGAAAAGCGGCAAAGACAAAAAGUCUAAGAAAAAUUAUGAAGACGGAGAAGGAAAGAAGAAGUUUCUGGAACGUUUCACCAGCAUGAGGAUAAAGAAGGAGAAGGAGAAGGGCAGCGCUCCAAGCAACAGGCACUCGUCUGCAGCCCAGUACGAGAUGCCAGCCCAGGCUGCCAUGCUGCAGGUCCACUCUGACGACUACAUCCUGGAGCUCUUCGAGCAGAUGCUGGUUGACAUGAAUCUGAACGAGGAGAAACAACGGCCGUUGAGACAGAAGGACAUCGCCAUAAAGCGAGAGAUGGUCUCUCAGUACCUCCACACCUCCACGUCUGGGCAGAAUAAGAAGGAAAGCUCCAGGUCGGCUGUCAUGUACAUCCAGGAGCUGAAAACCGAACCCCGAGACGCGCAGCUGCUGAGCUGCCUCGAGUCCCUGCGCGUCUCCCUGAACAACAACCCUGUCAGCUGGGUGCAGACGUUUGGAGAAGAAGGUUUGGUUUUGCUGCUCAGUUUCCUCAAGAAACUGCAAGAGGAGAAAGAGGAAUACGUCAACUUGAGCGUGGGCGUGAAGUGCCAGCACGAGAUCAUCCGCUGCCUCAAAGCUUUCAUGAACAACAAGUACGGUCUCAAAGCCAUGCUGGCCUCCCCUGACGGGAUCUCCCUCCUGGUCCGGGCUGCCAACCCCCGCAUCCCUCACAUGAUGGUGGAUGCUGUCAGACUGCUGUCCGCCAUCUGCAUCCUCGAACACGCUGACAACUUUCAUGAGCGUGUGCUGGAGUCUAUAACGGAGCUGGGUGAGGAGAGGGAGGUAGAGAGAUUCCAGCCCCUGCUGUCAGGCAUGCAGAAGUCCAACAUCCCUCUCAAGGGGGGCUGCAUGCAGCUGAUCAACGCCCUAAUCAGCAGAGGCGAGGAGUUGGACUUCAGGGUCCACAUACGCUCGGAGCUCAUGAGGCUGGGACUGAGGGACCUGCUGGCCGAGGUGAGGAACAUCGAGAAUGAGGAGCUGCGUGUACAGCUGCAGGUCUUUGACGAGCAGGCCGAGGAAGACUCCGAAGACCUUCGCUCCCGUCUCUAUGACGUGCGCCUUGAGAUGGACGACAUGUCGGAGGUGUUUCAGAUGCUGCUGAACACGGUGAAGGACUCUAAAGCCGAAGGCUACUUCCUGUCCCUCAUGCAGCACCUGCUGCUGGUGCGCAACGACUACAUGAUUAGGCCACAGUACUACAAGCUGAUCGACGAGUGUGUAUCUCAGAUAGUCCUGCGCAGAAAUGGCUGUGAUCCUGACUUCAGAUGCAGAAACCUGCAAAUGGACAUUGAAGGACUGAUUGAUAAUAUGGUGGAUAAGACGAAAGUAGAGAUCAGUGAAGCCAAGGCCAUAGAGUUGGGGAAGAAGCUUGAUGCGGAGUUGACCGCACGGCAUGAGCUGCAGGUGGAGCUGAAGAAGAUGGAGGGCGAUUAUGAACAGAAGGUCCACGAGCUCAGUGCUGAGAAGGAGACGCUCGGAAAUGAAAAGGUGGAGAAAGAGAGAGAGAACACCGGACUGCAUGGAGAGAUCGGCCACCUCAAGGAGCAGGUUGAGAAAUUGUCAAAGGAUCUUGAGGAAGCCAAGUCUGAACUCAAGACAAAAAUCAUAACAGUGCCGGUACCCGUGCCCCCUUCCGUCCCUCCGCCUAGCACAGCUGGCCAAUCAAAGCGUCCUGCUGGCUCUCCUCCACCCGGAGUGGCCUGUAUGCACAGCCCGCCCCCUCCACCUCCACCACCACCCCCUCCCCCACCCUUACCUGGCCAAGUCAUGCCCCCACCUCCACCUCCCUUACCUGGCCAUGGAGGGAUGCCUCCUCCACCCCCACCUCUACCGGGCAUGCCUCCUCUUCCUCCUCCACCCCCACCUUUGCCCGGCAUGCCUGGAGUCCCACCCCCUCCACCUUUACCUGGCGGUCCCGGCAUACCCCCACCUCCCCCGCCACCCCCAGGAGGUCCAGGUAUACCCCCACCUCCACCAGUGGGCAUUCUCGGGAUGCCUCCUCCCCCUCCCGGAGGGUUUGCAGGCUCGGCGCCUGUGCCCCCACCGCUGCCCUUCGGCCUCCAGCCCAAGAAGGAGUAUAACCCUGAGGUGCAGCUCAAGAGAGCCAACUGGAGCAAGAUUGGACCUGAGGAACUGUGUGAGACCAGUGUCUGGGUCAAAGCAAAAGAGGACCGCUUCGAGAGCAACGAGCUGUUCUCCAAACUCACGCUGGCCUUCUCCUCGCAGACCAAGACCUCAAAAGGUGUAAAAGAACAGGAUAAAGGAGAGGAGAAGGCAGCUCAGAAGAAGAAGGUGAAGGAGUUGAAGGUCCUUGACUCCAAAUCUUCCCAGAACCUCUCUAUCUUCUUGGGAUCAAACAGACUGCCGUAUGAGGAGAUCAAAAAUGUCAUUCUGGAAGUUAACGAGAAGGUUCUCACUGAAAACAUGGUGCAGAGUUUGCUGAAGUUGUUGCCUGAGCAGGAGCAGCUGACUGUGUUAUCAGAGAUGAAGGAUGAGUAUGAUGACCUUGCGGAGUCGGAACAGUUUGGAGUAGUGAUCAGUUCAGUGAAGCGCCUGAAGCCCCGCCUCACCGCCAUCCUCUUCUGCCUGCAGUUUGAGGAGCAGGUGAACAACGUGAAGCCUGACAUCGUUGCCGUGACGGCGGCGUGCGAGGAGCUCAGGCAGAGCGAGAACUUUGCCAACCUGCUGCAGCUCAUCCUGCUGAUGGGAAACUUCAUGAAUGCGGGAUCCCGCAACGCCAAGUCCUUCGGCUUCAGCAUCAGCUACCUGUGCAAGUUAAGGGACACCAAGUCCACAGAUCAGAAGCAGACUCUUCUGCACUUCCUGGUAGAUGUAUGUCAGGAGCAGCACCCUGGAGUCAUGCACUUCACCGACGAAUUCAUCCACCUGGAGAAGGCCAGCCGAGUAUCUGCAGAGACUCUGCAAAAGAACCUGGACCAGAUGGGGAAGCAGAUAAAGAACCUGGAGAAGGACAUAGAAACGUUCCCUCCACCCCAGAACGAAAAGGACAAGUUUGUGGAGAAGAUGACCAGCUUUGUGGCGAGCGCGCGCGAGCAGUUUGAGAAGCUGGAGCUCAUGCACAGCAACAUGAACAAGCAGUACGAGGACCUGGCCAAGUACUUUGUGUUUGACCCCAAGAAGAUGACCCCCGAGGAGCUCUUUGGUGACCUCAACAACUUCAGGAACAUGUUCCAGCAAGCGGUGACUGAGAAUCAGAAGCGUAAGGAGUCUGAGGAGAAGAUGCGUAAGGCGAAGUUGGCCCGAGAGAAGGCCGAGAAAGAGAAAGAGGAGAGACAGAAGAGGAACGCCGGACAGAUCCUCAACAUCAAUGACGACGGUGACGAGACUGGUAUCAUGGACGACCUGUUGGAGGCACUACAGUCUGGGGCUGCUUUUAGGAGAAAGAGAGGAGCACGGCAAGCAGCCAAUCGGAGAGGAGCUGGCCACGCGGUGACGAACAUUCUAGCCAAAGAGCUGCUGCAAGAGGACACCCCACCCAGUGCCGUGUCCAAGAAGAAGCGCUUGGACACUGAGAGCAGGAAGGCAGAGCCUGUGGAAGACGCGGGGUCAUUGGAGGAUCUCUUGGAUAGUGCCCUAUCGCGGUCAAACUAGGACCUACGUUGUUGACCUCACCCUUUCUUGUUGAAGAUGUUGGGAGUUUGGGGAUACAGUGCUUGGGGUCUACCAAUGAGGGCUGGGCUCUCUUUGAACCCCAGAGAAAUCCUUCACGCCAUUGGCCUCUCUCACAGAGGAGCACUUGAAGCACCCCUCACUCUAACCCCCCCCCC